GGAACGCGCCCGCCUUUCCCGGGCUAGCGGGCGGGCGGUUGUCCGAGGCUCGGCCUCUGUGCGUCCCAUCACGUAGGUUACGCACACACUUCGUCCCGGCUACUGCCGGGAGCUCCCCCAGGCAGCAGUGCCCUCACAGACUCGAGCUACCUGGAGGCUGCGCCGCGAUGGUUCGGGUCGCGGGUCUGAGGUGGAGCUGACUAAGGGCUGAGAAGAGCCUGGGAGUCGCGACGGAGCACGAAGCUCUUCCUUGGCCGUCGAGCCCCGGGCUUCCCGCCCUCCCGCCGACUUCCAGCCGUCUGUGUCAAGCUAUUUUUCUGGAAGCCCUGAACUCCGUGCCCCUCAAGCCCUGGGCCCCCUGCGGGAAUGUUCAAAAAUGAGUACCAGGGAGGUGCAUUUGUUGAAAUCUUUAGUGCCCAGGGUAAAAAUCCUGGAGCAAAAUGGAAGAUCCUCGGCAGUCCAUCUGUGAUUUGGAAAGAAUUUGAUAAAGAAGUUAAAAGUUUUGUGUUUGUACUGGAAGGCAGCAGCCAAACGAAUAAAAUACAGUUACCAAAGGAGAAUAAGCAAAUCCUUGGACUGAUCCAGAGGUUUCUUGUACUUCAGAUCUACAUACCCCUGGGACAAGACUUCUCCACUGAAUUGCUAAUUACUGAUUUGAGAAACAUAAAAAGAAGAUUGUAUUUAUCAACCGUCCACAAGGAAUUGUCUUCAACCCCUCUUCAUGCAAAAAUCCCACUCUUCAUGAUCAAGCGCAAAAUUUGGUGCAAUCUAUGCAUUGACUUGGUGGCAUUUACCAAUGAAAUAUUCAAAGGAGCAGUUUUCCAGUCACUGGAUGGAAUUACUGUCUCAGCGAAUUGUAAGCUACGAAAGAUCUUCACUUUAAAAUACAAGCCUCAAGACACUGCUGAUAAAGAUGCUGGACAUGAUGCUCCCUUUCCAACAGAUGAACCUAUAGACAUCAUUCCACGAAGCUGCCAACUAACAACAGAUGUUCCACAAGUCACACAGCUGCUAAACAUGACUAAACUCCGCCAAACUGAAAUAAAAUUUGGGGGUCAUCCUCUGAGUUCAGCAGAAUCAGAUCAGUUCAUUAACAGAGGAGCAGUUAGCACACGCAACAGUAAACAUCAAGAUGUUUGUCAUAUUGCCUUUGGAUCCAAAGUUCUUGGACCACCUCCACUCUCUGGCAGAAGAAAUAACAUGAGGCUAUCCAAUGAGACAGUAAGAUCUGUUGGGUCUAAAAGUAACCGAUCACACCAGCAGUCUACAGUAGAGAAGUGUGUUAACAGUGCAGAAAUGUCAACCUUGCUGUUACCUGAGUCUGAGGCACAAAGAGAUAAAGAAAAUAUCGGCCAAAUAAAGCAGACUGUACCUGUUCUUGCCAGUCUGCAUAUUAUGCAUCCACAUCCCCCUCAAGAACCGUCAGCCGAUAAGAAUAACAACAGGAGAAGAUUUCGGUUAAAAAGCACCAGCGGAGAAAGGACAGAGACACCCAGCGGCAAUUCUUCAGAAGAUAACAGGAAUGAUGAACAUAAAGCAGCAACUGUCCUCACCACUAUGUCCCAGCAAAGAGCAGAGACAUUGAACCCCCACUCUCCAGUACCCCAGUCUCCUGAUCAAGCAGAUGAGUGGAUAUUUCCCAAAAAUGGCGAUGACCUCCCCUAUUUGGCCUCUACCACACAGUCUCUACUUCUGGGUGAAGAUUCGUGCCAUACUUCAUGCCUGUGCUUAGAAGCCAGCAAGGAAAGUGAACAUGAUCAACAGACAGAGGAAACCCAGACUGUUCCAAAGGAUGUUUUCACUUUUUCAUCCAGACCACGAUCAGCACCUCAUGGAAAGACUCAGACUAUGUCCCCAGAAGCGUGCCUGUUUACUUUGGAUCUAAAGGAAGAUACCAGUGUGACAAGGAGUGACACCCAGACAGAGGAAGAUUUUUACGGUGGUGACAGCAGCGAAGAGGAUAACCACAGUGUCCAGGGUUCUCCAGGCCCAACAACUAGUCCUCCAGAGUUAACUCAGUUAACGUUAGAGAGCAUGCUGGGGAAGGCUGCAAAGUGUGCAAGUAAAGGAUAUCUUAAAAAUGCAUAUGCAGAAGGAAGAACUUCAGAAAACCAGAAUUCCAUGGCGAAGCAGAUAGAUAUAAAAGACUUUGAAAUGAGUUUUGUGCCUACACCAUCCCUUUCUCCACCUGGAAGACAAGAGUACUCUCCGAAAAUUCCAGAUCCUAUUAUUAAAGCAAAGGACCUACCAGCCCAUCAAGUGUCAACUUCAAUAAACAAAACCUUCCUAAAGGAAAUUUCAGAGGAGAAGUUGAAACCGAUUGCUGAGUUAUCUGAGUAUGACUGGAGAAACUAUCAGCCCAGUGAGAUUAGUGAAUCUGAGUUGCAAAUGCUCACCAGCCUACGACGGCAACAGAACGAAGAACUGGAGGACACUGGGGCUCCCUAUGGCCUGAGCGCAUCCCAGGUUGACAACUGUAAUGUCAGCAUAAGCACCAGCAGUGACGACACAACCACGUGGAACUCCUGCCUGCCACCUCCUGUCAACCAGGGCCGUCACUAUCAGAAAGAAAUGAACCCACCUUCUCCUUCUAACCCCCGGGACUGGUUAAAUAUGCUGAGCCCACCAAUUGUUCCUCCCAGUCAACAGUCCGCAGAGCGGCAUCAGGAUUCUUCUGGAAGCUUGAGUGUUCAAGGUGAAGAGGAGCUGAGUGCGGAAGAGGAUGAGGAAGUGCUGACUCUGCUGUAUGACCCAUGUUUGAACUGUUACUUUGAUCCCCAGACUGGGAAGUACUACGAGUUGGUAUAACGCCUGCUUCCAGGGCCAAGGAUGGCCACCUCAGGUGGAGCAAGAUAGCAACUCUGAUUCUGUUAAGUUGGCGUCACAAGUGUGUCUCCGGCAGGCCUACAGGAUCAGAAAGAACUAAGAGAGAUGAAGUCAGUUUGUACGUAAUGUUCAAUGUUAGGACUGCCUACAUUCUUUAUGUAGAUGGGUGUGACUUUUUAGAACUGUGAAGGAGUUAAUACAGAGACAAGAUUGUACGACUUUGAAUUGUUUCUUGUUUGUUGGUUCUCAUCCUAUAUAUAAUUCUGUUUACUUCAUAUACUUUUAUGUAAAUUAAUUAAGAGUUAUUCAAAUUUUUGCAGUGUUAAUAUGUAAAUGAUGGCUUGAUACACAGAAAAUGUAUUCUUGUUUAAAAGAUGCCUUUUCUUUUAUUACCUAUUUGUAUUAAAAAUAAAAUAUGAUGGUCAGAAGAA